GCUGUUCUCGCCAUCUUUCAACCAGGGAGUGCAGGAAGAAGCGGAAAAUCCCGUCUCUUUCUGUCAGUUUUUAGGACGUGUUUGGUGCUGUUGUUGUUGAGUUACAGCCGUUUCGGUUUGUUUUUCCUUUUCCCCGGACACGGUUUCACUCCGCUCUUCCUCUCACUGCGGACGGAAUCAUGAAUAUUUUCAGACUCACCGGGGAUCUCUCGCACUUAGCUGCUAUCAUCAUCCUGCUGCUGAAAAUAUGGAAGACCAGGUCAUGUGCAGGUAUAUCUGGAAAAAGCCAACUUCUGUUUGCAUUGGUUUUCACAACACGCUACUUGGACCUUCUCACCUCGUUUAUCUCUCUGUACAACACUACGAUGAAGAUUAUCUACGUUGGAUGUUCGUAUGCCACAGUGUACCUGAUGUAUGCCAAGUUCAAAGCCACCUAUGAUGGCAAUCAUGACACUUUCAGGGUGGAGUUCCUGGUCGUCCCUGUAGGUGGCCUCGCUUUUCUCGUCAACCACGACUUCUCUCCUCUGGAGAUCCUGUGGACUUUCUCCAUCUACUUGGAGUCGGUGGCCAUCCUUCCUCAGCUCUUUAUGAUCAGUAAGACUGGGGAAGCUGAGACCAUCACCACGCAUUACCUGUUCUUCCUGGGGCUCUAUCGCGCUCUGUACCUCAUCAACUGGAUCUGGCGCUUCUACUUUGAAGGCUUCUUUGACAUGAUCGCCAUCGUGGCAGGCGUCGUUCAGACAAUCCUUUACUGUGAUUUCUUCUAUCUCUACGUAACAAAAGUGUUGAAAGGGAAGAAGCUGAGUUUGCCGGCUUAAACGUGUGCUAGAGACAGAGCUUUAGCGGUUGCGUGGAAGCGCAGGACACCGCUGAUGCCACGUCGGUGUAAGAUGCCUGAGGAGUACAACAUGGAUCCGUUCUUUUCUUCAAACCCUGACCAGCUCCGGGACAGUUCUGGAUUCAAACUGUGGUAAUCGCACAACUCCUCCAGUAUCCACGUUUUACACGUCUUUACCAUUUUUUUUUUUUUUUUUUUUUUUUAAAUGUUUCAUUUUUAUUACUUAUUAUGAUAAAAGAAAGGAACCAUUUUCUAUCGGAAAUAUCACUUCAAUUCGGCUUGUGCCAGCAUAAAACGCUGUAAAAGGCAGGAAAUGUGUCGGUGUGUAACGGUCGGCGGGGAUUAUUCUCACGCAGGGUGUUGUCUGUUUGGAAAAUGUCUGGAGAUUUGAACGAAUGUACCAUAUUUUCUCGAGCGUAAGACGCAAUUGUCGCCCUCUAACAGGUGCUCUCUAAAAGCCCGGUUGCGGUGUAUGAGUUUUUACGGUGGGUGUGUUACUCCAGUAGUUACCUGAAGAUACAGGAAAUGAUAUGAUCAUGCUGGUAAGCAAAAAUCUUAUCGUCAUGGUGAUUUAGAAAUCGCAGAAUUGUGCGCAAACUGAAAACGGUUAUCCUCAGCACGGCGAAGAGACACGAAAGCAGGAGGCGUGCGAGAGCUACGAAAGAACGUAAACGAGGAGUUUCGGCAUUUACGGAAAUGUAACGUUAAACCGUGAUAUAUCUGUAAGGGACGUAAUACUGAACCCCAGCAAAAGAAACUAAACAUUGUUAUACUGAUGACUGUUUCUAAAGUGAGGCAUUCUGUGAUGCAAACAUGCCUGCUUACAUAAAUGCGCAUUCAAGUGAUGUAUAGAUUGAUGGGUAGGGUUUUGGACUCCGGAGCGACUUAUUUUCUGGAAAAUAUGGUACAUUCAUUUAUUGCAACUGCAGAGACGACUUGGCUAGAUGAAUUACUCUGUGUUAUUUCUGUGUUAAUGAAGGCUGAUCUUAGUAUAAAGGUUUACCUCAUGCUCUGGUCAGUUUUUUAUUUUUUUUAAUUUUUUUUUUUUUAAAGAAGGAAAAAAAAAAAGGAAUCUCUAAGCAAUUUCCUAAACUUGUACGAUUCACCACUUCGGAAAAAUCGAGUGUGUAGCGAUGUGAAAGAGUGAACAUGUGAUAUCAUGCCCACAAGUCACACUUGCAUUAACGUGCACUAUUGACACACCUCCUUAUGCUUCAGUAUUUUAUGAAUCGGGCGUUUUAUUUUACUUAAAUUCUGCAUUAUAUUUGCUUUCCCGCGUCUAAUGGCAAAUUACGUGAGCUGACUUGCAUCUUAUCUGGUUGAUCUAAAAGUCUGGUGUAUGAAAAUUUUGUUCAGUUUUAUCAAGGUAGCAUAUAACGUGAUUCACUGAUGAUUUUAUUUUUCGACGUAUUUUUAUGCAUUGAACAUUUCUGAAUGAUUAUUUUGACCAACGUUGUCCACAGAGCUGUAAAGCAUGAUUUGUAUAUUGAGUUUUCCUUACAUGAUGAGUUUUAUUUGUAAUCUCUGAGGGAUGGGCAUUGUUGCAGUUUGGGUUAAGAGUUUAUUGAGUGGUGUUUGAUUUUCUUUUAAUUUCUGAAUUCUGAUUCUUCUUUAUGGUUUUUUUUAUUAUUAUAUUUUUUUUGCUGAACUCUUUUUUUUUUAUUAUUUUUAUUUUAUUUUAUUAAUCUUCACGACAUCUAGCUCAAAUAAAGAUCAUUUGAGAGAAAAUUUGUUUUGCUGUGUUUUUACUAAAAUAAAUGUUUCACACACAAUCUGUUGGCGGUUAAUAUUUUAUGAGCCCCAAGAGUUUUCAGGUUGUGGGUUCCAUAUGUGGCGUACCAUGGAUUAUAUGGGAAUGAAUGUUGUAGGCUGUGGUGUAUUCUUGUCCUGAAUUGAUGUGACGUUCAAAAACGGAGAACCAGUACUUUGUAAUGCAAAGAAGAAAUGCAAAGCUGCUGAAAUUGGACUAUCUGCCGGUCUGUCCCUUAUAUACUGCUGCCUACUAGCAACUAGGAUAUAAAGAAAGUUGAACUUGAAUGGUGUAUAUGUAUGUAAUAACAUGAAGGUAAUGAAGACUUUUGAUAUUUGCACUAUAACUGUAUAAUCUAUACACUAUAGCAGUAUUAUCUUUGAGUUAUUUGUAAAUAGAUUUAUAAAAAUGUAUGUUUUUUGGAAUACUAUAAGCACUAAAAAGUGCUAUCAUUGUGUUUGAUGAUCGAUAGAUAGACAGGCACACUAUAUGACCAAAGGACACCUGACCAUCGCACCCAUAUGUUUUGUUGAACAUCCCAUUCUAGAUUUAGUCCUUCUUUGCUGUUAUAAUAACCUCCUCUCUUCUGGGAAGGCUUUCCACUAGAUUUAGGAGUGUGGCUGUGGGGAUUUGUGCUCAUUCAGAUACAAGAGCAUUAGUGAGGUCGGACACUGAUGUUAGAAGAGGAGGUCUGGGGUUCAGUAUGCGUUACAGUUCAUCACAGAGGUGUUCAGUGGGGUUGAGGUCAGGGCUCUGUGCAGGACACUUCAGUUCUUCCACUCCAAACUUGUCAAACCAUGUCUCCAUGGAGCUCGCUUCGUGCACAGGGGCAUGGUUAUGUUUGCGCCCCUUUUAGUUCCCGUGAAGGGAAAUUGUAGUGCUAAAAUGUACAAAGACAUCCUCUGCGAUUUUGUGCUUUGAACUUUCUAGCAGCAGUUUGGAGAACAACCACAUAUGGAUGUGGUGAUCAAUCAGGAGUCCAUAAACGUUCAGUGGGGGAAAUAAGUAUUGGAUGUGUCAAAAAUGUUUUCAGUAAAUAUAUUUCCAAUGAGGCCAUUCACAUAAUGUUCACCAGACAUCAGUAUUAACUCAAGAAAUCUGAAAAUAUAAAGAAUUCAUGACAUUAAAGGCCAUAAAUAAAGUUAUGUUGAAUGAGACAGAAAAAAGUAUUGAACAUGCUAAGAAAAAGCAGUUCUCCAACGCAAGGUAAGGCAAGAUUUAAAGAUAAUAUGUUUAGAAGAAUGAACCACAAUCACACCUGAAUCCUGCGGCCCAUUAAUUUCUUCAUACAGGAAGCGUCUUGAAGCUGUCGUUACAAACAAAGGCUUCUCCACUAAGUAUUAAAU